CCGUAUUCGCCGCUAGCCUUCGCUCUGUUCACAAAAUCGGGGUAUCUCCCUUUAAUAAAUGAAUUAAUUUAAUAAUUCAUAAACUGCAAGUGCACAUAUUCUCCCAUUACUAAUUUCUAAACUAGAGUUGUUCAGUUAAAUCUUGUCUAAAAACCAUGUAUUGUCUAACAUUCGACAAAAUCAUUAAAUUAAAUAAUAAUACGUUUAGACUUCCCAUAAUUCAGGUUUCAAGAUAUGGCGUUUUUCGAAACAUAAGAUAUUUCUAUGGGGUAGAAAAUGGUGGCAAAAAAUCUACUUGGCAUAUAGAUCCAACAAUUAAUGAAACCGAAUGCACGGUACUAAUUUUUGUCGAGUUGGAUAGUGCAGACGAAAAUGGCACCGCGUUCCGUGUUACGCUAACCACAGAAACAGAUGGAUUUAACACAAUUACCAGGAGCAUAGAAAUCGGAGACGAUAGGGAAGGUACAAUAUGUGUAAAAUACAAAAAAAUUUCGGACAUAAGAGAUGUUUAUAUAAAAUUUGAAAAUCUAUCCAAAGAAUCCCCCGAAUGCAACAUGACCCAUGACUUCGCCAAGAUAUUGGCUAGUGAAGAAUUCAGCGAUGUGACCCUUGUCACAGCAGAUGGUACUGAAUUUAAGGCCCACAGAUUUGUGUUAUGUGCCCGCAGUGAGGUCUUUGCGGCAAUGUUCCGCAAUGACUUCUCGGAGAGGAAUACCAGCCGUAUAACGAUCGAAGACAUGGAUGCCGAAGUAAUGCAAGAAAUGCUAAACUAUCUAUACACUGAUCGGAAAAUACCAAAGCAAAUGGCUCCAGCACUAUAUACGGCAGCUAAUAAAUACGCCUUGUUGCAUUUACAGGGCAUGUGCGAACAAGUAUUAAUCGAAACAAUGGAUGUGGCUUCAGUUUUGGAAGAAGUCAUGAAACAGCGUUUGUAGUUUUAUAAGCACAUAUGUAUGUGUGUUUAGCUACGCACACGUCCGUAUAAAACAUCAAUUUUUUUUCCAUUCUGGACAUUUUCUAAUUCGCUGGAAUUCCAAAUUCCUCAUGAUCUUAUAUUAAAUGUCAAAUCGAAAUUAUUUAUCUUAUCCGUCUUUUAUAAAAAGCCUCAAUAAAUAUAAACCACUUUGUGCAUAA